AUGAAUUUCGGAUUUGUGUCUUACUAUGCUCUGAUGAUAUUUGUCGUGCUUGAUGUAGCUACAGUCACAUGGGGGCCUAUGAACCGAGAGCUCGGUUUCGGCUUUACAUUACUUAACGACUCCUAUGCUGCAGGUUGUGCCUCACUGGCUAUUGGUGCUUUACUACUAAUCCCCUUCGCCCUUAAAUUCGGCCGUCGUCCAGUCUAUAUAUUCAGCACCGCUGUUCAAUGCGGUCUCUGUGUGUGGCUUGCGGAGAUGAAAUCUGUUUUUGACCUUAUGAUCCCCAGUAUAAUGGUUUCUUUCGUUGGGGCCUUGGCAGAGGUGUUGGUGCAAAUGACUGUGGCAGAUGUUUACUUCGUCCAUCAGCGGGGACGGGUUAAUACUAUAUAUUACUGGAUUGUGGCUGUCGGGACAAGCCUCCCUCCUGUUGCAGGUGGGUACAUUACCCUUUCUCAGGGAUGGCGCUGGGUUUGGUGGUGGGUCGCCAUCCUAUUAGGUACGGGGCUCGUUGGGUUAGUAUUUCUUUACGAAGAAACAAUGUUUCUUCGGCACAUUGAUGGGGUUCAAGUCAUAGAUAGCUCUGGGGUGGGUCCGCCUGUCGACAAAGAGCGACAAGACUUACAAGUGAAACGGGAUGGAGAUAGAAUCGAGGAAGCACAACCAACACGACGAGGUGGAAACAGCAUUGAAGAAGCAAAUCCAACGCUUUCCAGUAUGAGAAUUGAUCAAUCCAUCCCAAAAAAGACCUACUGGAAUAAGCUUAGGCUUUGGGCUGUUUCGCCUACGCCAUUUAUUCACGUGGUGCGUCAUGUUUAUGAGCCGCUUGUCGUCUUGUUCACCUUCCCAGCUAUACUAUUCAUGGCCGUUGUAUAUGGUAUCACGACUACUUGUGCCACAGUGACGGUGACUACCCUCUCAUCGGUGAUGACUCUGCCUCCAUAUAAUUUUGGCGCUCAAGAGAUCGGACUGAUGGGGAUUCCACCAUUUAUUGGUGUCAGUCUUUCAAGCCUCAUGUGUGGGCCAUUGAUGGACUGGCUCGCACUCUUUCUCGCUAGAAGGAAUGGGGGUGUUUUCAAACCUGAAAUGAGGCUUUGGGUACCGCUAGUUUUCACACCAUUCGUUCCUGCUGGCCUUUUCAUGUUUGGGAUUGGAUUGGAUAAUGGCACUCACUGGCUGCUCCCUGCAUUUGGCUUGGCGCUUAUGGGAUUCGGAAUGGUGCCAGCUAGCAGCGCUGCUUUGACGUACCUAACCGACUCAUACACAGAGAUAAUUGCCAACGCACUGGUCGGUGUCACAUUCAUGCGCAACGUUAUUUCAAUGGUUUUUGUGUUCAUCCACAAACCAUGGAUUGAAAGGGCUGGUUUAACGUGGUUUUUCGUUACAUUUGGCCUUAUUGUUACUGUCGUUUUGUUGACCAACUUGGUCUUUAUCCGCUUUGGAGAGAGUAUGAGGGUCAGAUUGGCCCACAGAUACCUUCAUUACGCCAAUCACACUCUCCAGUAG